AUGACUUCCAACGACAGCGUUCCUCCUCUAUUUUUCAAUGGUCUCCUGCCUGAGUUUGUCGGCCCGGACGAUGCGUCGACUGAUGAGGAGUUUGAAGAGGAAGGAGCUGAGGUCAGCAACGUUGAGAACGAGGAGAAUGGCGACGAUGGCAACGAUGAUGUCGAAGACGAUAAUGAUGGCGAUGACGACGACAACGACACCGACGAAGAUGAAGAUUAUCAUCACCAUGGGCUCAGAACAGCAAUUACGCGUACUUGUGGUCUCUGCAGAUUCUAUUUUGAGCCCAGUGACACAAUCGUGCAUUACGAAUCCCAAACAAGACUUAGUCACAAGAUAUUCCACAAGGAGUGCAUUGAACCCCUCACGAUAGGCCUUGUAGACGGGUUCGAGGUCGCCACCUGCGAACCCUGGUUUCUUGAACCUCCAACAUCGAUGGUAGCCCACCGCGAACGCUGGAUUCGACAAUCAAUCGCACAAGAACUGCAGGCCACUCUGAUGGGUCGCCGCCUUCCCCCCGAGAUACGUGAAGCCAUCGCAAGCUAUUGCACACGGGAGCGGGCGACACAGAUCAUCCGUAACCUACCAGCUGAGCACACCGAUUCACCCCAGCUCUGUCGAAGACUUCUUUUUGAUUGUGAAGAUCCAGUAUCAAGGGUCUUGUGGGUACAUUAUGUCGAGAUUGAAGGAUUUCGAUACGUCCGAUCCCUAUCCUAUUCUCGACUAUUCCCAGACGACACGCCACUCUUACCCGACGGCUACGAAGUGAACUCGUCGUUCAAUAUCUAUUUUGCCGAGGAUUAUCGGGGAAUACGCCAAAUCAUUGCCACACAGUCUGAUCAGGCUCCGACAAUCCAUCGUGAGGCAGGGCUUCACUGGGUCAUUUGCUGCCGCCACCAAAGGACACCCUUCUACCUUCGGUGGGAAAACGACGGUGUCAAACUCCGUGGUUUGGAUGUAACCAAGACCAAAGACAAUCGGCCUGACUGGGAGCGAAGACGCUGGGCUGCGUUUCCCAGGCACUUAGAUACAUUUCCGCAACCCCCCAAAUUCUCCGGCGGCUAUGAUGUAAAGCUCAACUACUACAAUGCCAUUCAGGCAGUAGACUGGAACUCCCCUGGAGUCUGUGGCUAUUACUUCUAUAUACAUCAAGGACAGAUUCGCGGCAUAGUCACUCUGAAACUGCAGGAUACGCGCACCACCCACAUUGAUGAGUAUGAUCAGCACGGCCAUCCCGGAAUUUAUGUUCCCAUUGGCCCAGACGAACGAGUCUCGGAGCUAUGGAUUCGGACAGGUGAACUCGUCAGCGACUUCAGAGACCGGCAAGAGUUCCAGGUGCCUAUACUCCGCACAAGCAAGGGCCGAGAUCACGUUCUUGGGCCUGGCAUAAGAAACGCUUGGCCUACUCAUAGCAGAGCUGGACUGAAAGAGUUUACCUACACAGCCAUUAUGACCUUCCCAGAAGAGGGUCAGACACGAAUGUUCUACUCCAGAGAUGAGAGAGAUGGGUAUGCGGUAGCCUGGAUGGCUUUCGAAGAGCCCAGUCUCCUUGAUGUGUGGCUCGGUCUUGAGCAGACUACCACUGAGCGGAGGCAAAUCACAGUCUCGCUUCCAGCCCCGGAUUCUUAUAACCUGCCAUGUCUUUAUGUGAACAUGUUGACAUCGGCCCCUCUUGACGGUGUCAAGAAUGUUAGAACGUGUCAAGCUUGGGAGUCUCAGUGGGGGGACGCUAGAUGGGUGAAUGAAGUUGUUGGUCUCCUGCUAACCUACACCGAUGGCAGUCAAAGAUGCGUUGGGCAAGUCCGUCCGGAUAGUCUCGAAAAUCCACUUGACGUUCGCUCAGACAGGAUUUGGCUUCGCACCAUCGAGAGGCCGCCUACGACACAAGGGGACUCGAACGGUUUGUUUCCCACAACAAAUCUGAGGGUCAAAUGCGUUUAUGUGGAGAAGCCGGUUUACAAAGAGGGCUACAAAAUCCUCGAGGUGCCCCUGACGGGGUGUCUGAAGUGGCACUUCACAGAAGAAGGUCUGAGUUCUGUGGCCCAUUUUGACAGAGAUGAGGCUUACGAUGAGAUGGGUGUGGCUUUGGCUCAUGGAACGGUCAGUCAACCGUGA